GUGAGCGCGGGGCCAGCACGUGCCGUGGGUGAAGCGAAGACGUUUGGAAUGGCGGUGCAGGUGAGAAGGAGGGUAGUUGGUUACAGUUGGCUACUAGCAUAGGCAGGAAAUUGUCGUGUGUGAACUCUGGUCUUCAGCUUUUUGUCUUUGAAAUUAUGUCUUUAUUCUUGCGUUGUAUUAAUUGCUUGUCGUGUUGAUUGCGAAGUCUCGCUUUCUUAAAGCUCCCGUUGGCCAUCAAGAGUUGAACGAAUUCGAGUUGUUUAUUUCUGUGGAGGAUUUUUUUUAUUGAAAUUCACCAAGGAAGCAAAUCCAGAUAAACUGAAAACUAUAUUUAUGAAGUAUGCAACCAUUGAGAAGAAUGGGGAGCGAUACAUGUCACCUGAUGACUUUGUCAGAAGAUUUUUGAAUUUACGUAAUGGCAUGGAAUCUAAUCCUGAGACAGUGAAGUUGCUUGUAGGUGCAGUAAAUCAGUCAAAAACUGGGCUGAUCUCCUUUCAAGAUUUCCUUGCAUUUGAAUCUACUUUACGUAAGCCAGAUGCCUUAUUCAUUGUUGCUUUCCAGCUAUUCGACAAAAACGGCCAAGGAGAAAUCAGCUUUGAUGACAUCAAGCAAAUAUUUAGCCAAACUGGUAUUCACCAGCGUAUCCCAUUUAAUUGGAAUUCUGAAUUUGUGGAUCUGUACUUUGGAAAGGAUAGGAAACAUCAUCUUAACUACAAAGAAUUUUCUCAAUUUCUCCUGGAAUUACAGCAGGAGCAUGCAAGGCAGGCUUUUAUGCAGAGGGAUACAAAUAAGAGCGGUAGCAUUUCUGUCAUGGAUUUCAAGGAUAUCAUGGUCACUGUUCGCCCACACAUGCUGACUCAAUUUGUGGAACAAUCCUUAGUAACAGCAGCUGGAGGUUCUUCAACCCAUCAAGUCAGCUUCUCCUACUAUAAUGGUUUUAACUCACUCCUAAACAACAUGGAGCUCAUUAUAGGAGUCUACCAUACUAUAGCUGGCUCCGGUAGAAUUAUGAAUGUUGGUAAAGAGGAAUUUACUCUUGCUGCACAGGAACUUGGUCAGGUGACACCUAUGGAAAUUGAUAUUUUGUUUCAGUUAUCAAGCCUCAAUAACCCAACUGGACACAUCACAUUAACAGACCUGAAGAAAAUAGCACCUCAUGGGGAAGGAAUAUUGCCGUAUUACCUGAGAGAAUCUACGCUGGCUCAAAGUGGCACAGGUCAUUCUGUACUGAUGGAUGUGGCAGAGUCAGCAUACAGAUUUAUACUUGGUGGAAUUGCUGGAGCCACAGGUGCCACUUCUGUCUACCCAAUUGACCUAGUGAAAACUCGUAUGCAAAAUCAACGUUCCACAGGAGCAUUUGUGGAAGAGAUUAUGUACCGUAACAGCUUUGAUUGCUUCAGGAAAGUGCUGCGAUAUGAAGGCGUAAUUGGACUUUAUAGAGGACUAAUACCACAGCUGAUGGGUGUUGCACCAGAGAAAGCUAUAAAACUUACUACAAAUGAUUUUGUAAGAGACAGAUUUAUUCGGAAAGAUGGCUCCAUUGUACUUGCAGCAGAAAUACUUGCUGGUGGUUGUGCUGGUGCUUCACAAGUUGUCUUCACUAAUCCAUUGGAGAUUGUCAAAAUCAGGUUACAGGUGGCAGGUGAAAUCACCACAGGACCUCAUGUCAACGCAUUAAAUGUCAUAAAGGAAUUGGGUUUUGCUGGACUAUAUAAGGGUGCAAAGGCUUGUUUUUUGCGCGAUAUUCCAUUCUCUGCUAUCUACUUUCCUUGUUAUUCUCACUUAAAAACAGCCUUUGCAAAUGACAAUGGGCAGGUGCAAUCUGUAAAUCUGCUGUUGGCAGGAGCUUUGGCUGGGAUGCCAGCAGCUUCUCUAGUAACACCUGCCGAUGUUAUCAAAACAAGAUUACAGGUGGCUGCACGUGAAGGGCAAACUAAAUAUGAUGGAGUGAUGGACUGCUUUUGGAAAAUCCAGCGACAAGAAGGUCUAGGUGCUUUGUGGAAAGGAGUUGCAGCCCGUGUUUUCCGUUCCUCGCCCCAGUUUGGUGUUACUUUGUGGACAUAUGAGAUUUUGCAUAAGUGGUUCGCUAUUGAUUUUGGCACGAGAAAAUCUGGAAUUUCACUACCACAUUCUAGAUUUAGUUUAACUGGCAGGAAUCCAGACUACAUCGGUGGAUAUAAAUUAGUCAUUUCUACAUUUUCUGGAGUUGAACGCAAAUUUGGACUUUACCUACCACGAUUUUCACCCUCUAAUCCACCAUGAUCUUACGAUUCGAAAGCCAGACAAAACGUUAAGACUCUUGUGGCAUAUAAUAGUGGGAGAAAGAGGUAAUGUAUCCUGGUUUACAGCCGUUUGUUGGCCGUCAACCUGAGAGAUACUUUCACUUGUGCGAUGUGAUGUAAAAAUGAUUAUUGGGUACAGAAUGCAUGAAUUGUUUGUUUUGUGAUUUAUUAAAAAAGCUUUACUUUUACAUUUUGAUGUUUUAUGUAUAUUAAUGUAAAUAGUGAACUGUUUGAAAAGACCCAGUUGCUACUUUAGUGUAAAGUACUGUUGAGAUUAGAAUUUUUUUCUUCAAUAUUGGAUUAACAUAUGCUUGACAAAUUAUGAUACUUCAAAUAAAUGUUUUAAUCAGUGGAAAUUUUACCUGUAAUGUAGAAAUGACUUGAUUGUAUUCGAACAAGGAUUUAUUCCAAUACUGACCAAUAUUGUUGAGCUAUGAAAUCUGUACUUUAAUGAAACUUUGUUUGACUUCUUCGGAAUGAUCCAUUGAAACAUCAAAUAUAACUGGACAGUUCAUUUUAGAUUUGAAAGUAUGUUCACUGUUGAAUUGAAUAUAUUGCUUAAGUCAUUUGUGAUGGAUUUGCUUAAACAUCUCAGUUAUGCUCGAAGUUGGUUUAAAUG